AUGACCAAGGUGCAAAUGCUAUUAAUAAUUGGUGGCUGGUGGAAAGGCAUCUCUCGUGCGGGCAUUACGGGUGUCUUUCCCUCUAAUUUCGUGGUCGAAGUGACCGACGAUUCGCCGAAAGUCAACGAAAAGAUAGACUCGACGUCCGGUCAGAGCGAAAAAGUGCCAAAAAUAGAAAAUAUAUUCAAUUCAAAAGUGGUGACAAACUCUAGUAAACCGAUAUCACUAUUAGACACUAAAGUUGUGACAAAUAAUUAUCAAAACCUUUUCGAGGAGUUGUCGGCUAUAGGGUCGGGAGGUUUCGGGACUGUGUUUAAAGUGAAGCAUAGAUUCGAUGAACACAUAUAUGCCGUCAAAAGAGUCGAGUUUAAGAAAACUUCUGAUGAAUAUAUGGAAAGAAUUAUGAAAAAAGUCAAGAAUUUAUUGUCCGUUCGUUCAGAUUAUUGUGUUCAAUAUUACGACUCAUGGUCUGAAAGCAAACACUUCUACAUUCAGAUGGAGUUCUGUUCACAUAAUUUACGGAAUAUUCUCGAAUUAAAACCACAGAUCUUAGAAAGUGUUCAGUAUUUGCAUGAAUUGAAUCCACAGAUCAUUCACAGAGACCUCAAACCCGACAAUAUAUUGAUUGAAGGAAACGGAAGGAAUGUGUGGGUACACCAAAAUACCAAGCUCCAGAAAUAUCCCAGGAUCCUGAUACUGUCGAAAACCUUUACUCCGGGAAUGAAAUGAUUAAAACAAAUAUCAUUGAAAUGUUAAAUAUAUUGCAUUCAAUGGUUUUACCCCUUUAUAACCGAAGGCCUGACUGUUCACACGUUUUGAAUAAAUAUAACGAUUGGGCUAUCGAUCAGAAUAUUCUUAAGGUAACAAGUAUUGAAUUAAUAUUAUCUCAACUCAAGAAUCAUCAUGAUCAAUUUUUCAUCAAUUUUUU